AUGUCAACAAUUCAAUGUAAUAUUACAUUUGUAUCAUCAACACAGAUUAUUUGUCAACUCCAAUCAGCUAUUGUUGGAGAUACCAAACUACCCAUUUCAAUUUCAGUUGAUGAUGUUUAUACUCAAACUUAUAAACCUCAUAUUUUCUGUGACGAUAGAUUCUAUUCAACUAUUCUAUUUGGUGGAGAAUAUGAAUUAGUCAAGCAAUUAAUGAUUGACAAUGUAAAAAUGGAAACAACAGCCAAUGCUCCUUAUAUUGGUGCAUUCGAAUCAAAAGAAAUGUAUCAAUGUUUUAAUCAAUCAUUGAAUUUAAAAGGAAUGGUGGUGUCAUUAGAUAUUUCAAAUAUUAAAUAUUACACACCAUUGAUUACAUUUUAUACAAGUGAUACACCAAUCAUUGAUAGUGUUACCAAUAUUCAAUUUGGACAGCCAUCAAUGGUUACAAUCAAAGGUAAUCAUUUUGGAAAAGAUCAAUCAUAUGUUUUAAUAUCAAUCUAUGGAAAACAAUGUAAAUCACCAAGGUUUAUUGGAAACAGUUUUAAACAAAUUACAUGUUUAUUGGAUGUUGUUUCAAAUCUUCUUGAAUCAAGUAAUAUAACAAUCAGAGUAGCUGAAAAGGUUGUGUCUAGAUAUCUAAAACAAUGUCCAGGUAAUUACUAUGGAAUAUGUAAUGAAAGAUGGAAGAUUCGCACUCAUUCUUGGUGA